AUGAAAGCGAAAGGUGCAGGCUUAAGGGUAGUUCUGAUCAGGCUAGAAGGGGAGAUGCUGUCGAUGGCUAAAAGGUUGGACUUUAAAGUAACUAAUAACAUGGCAGAGUACGAAGCAUGUUUAUUUGAAUUAGAAGCGGCCAUAGUAAAAGGAGGUAGACAUCUAUUGGUUUACAGGGAUUCAAUGCUGGUGAUUCAACAAGCCCUCAAAGAAUGGGAAGUAAAAGUAGAGAGAUUGAAGCCAUAUGUCAACUAUCUCAAGACUUUAUUGUCGAUGAAACCUUUGGUUAUCGUGAAGUCAGAUGUGCCUUGCUAUCAAGGGAAUCAAAUUAUGCAAGUUCAGAUGGGACUAGAAGAGAAGCUAUGGUUCUACGAUCUGAAGAAUUUUAUAGAGGACAGGGAGUAUCCAAAAGAAGCGACAGCCAAGGAAAGAUACAGAGUCCCACAUCAUAUUGUGAUGGAUAAUGGGGUGAAAUUCAUGGGUGAGACGACAGACCUGCUAGCGGAGUACAAGAUUGAACAUCAUAGGUCUUCUCCAUAUAGACCUCAAGCAAAUGGAGCGGUAGAGGUAGUCAACAAGAAUUUGAAGAAGAUACUUUCAAAGAUGGUAUGA